AUGUACACCUCCAUCACCUUCGUCGCUCUGGCCACUCUCGCCCUCGCCAGGACCGAUCUCACAGGCUGCACGAGCACCGACGUCUCCUCUCCAGCCGGCGCUUCCCUCGCGUAUUAUGUGCCAGGCACGGGCGAGCUCUGCGAAUUUCUCGACUGCGGCGGAGGACGCGCUCCUCCCAAGACAACCGUGCCAGGCUGCCCACAAUACAGUGGCACCCUCACCUACUCGCCGUCGUUCUUGCCCGGCUAUGGAAGCGCCACCGCUGCUCCGAGCGUCACUUCAGGCGCCAGCGCUGAAUCUACCACCACCGCGAGCAUGUCCGAGUCUUCCAUCAGCUCAGAGACCAUGUCCGACUCUGCGGUCAGCUCGGCCAGCAGCUCGACCAGCAUGUCCUUGUCCUCGUCUCCCGGCUCGACAACAUCUUCCUCGAUGAGCACUAUCACUUCCGUCGCCGUCGCGCCUGCAAACGGCACGAUCACCAACCCUGCCACUUCGGGUCGCAACAACGGUACGGUGGCCACUACCCGUAGUCCGAGUGCGUCUUCAGUCACCGACUCUGGUGCGAUGGAGACUGCUCGCGUGUGGGCAAGUGGUGCGGGAUUGAUGGGUCUCGGAGCUCUUAUGAUGGCGUUGUAG